UUUAGAUAUUCUUGGUUAAUUAUGGAAAAUUAUAUCGUAAUCAUAGAAUCCACCGAAAACAUAUUUCACUGCCUCAUCUGUAAUGAACACUUUUCAACGGGACCCAGUUUUGAAAAGCAUAUGUUUUCGCACACUCAUGCUGAAAAUUAUAAUGGAACUGGAGAUUUAAACAAACAUGCAACUGACAACAUACUGGAAACUAGUCAGCCUACAGACUCAGACAAUUUCACAAACUGGUGGUGGAGAGAAACCUGAUGUUCUCGGACAACAUCGAAAAAAUGGAUGUGAUGAAGCUGGAAAAUCGGUAAAUUGUGGACAAAUUGGCAGGAAGUCCUCUACCCUAUCACUUGUUCAUACUGAUAAUGUAGAGCCAGUGCCAAAUUCACCAACCAACCGUGGAGAUGAACGAUUUAUUUGUCCACAGUGUGGAAAGAAGUGUGGAAGGGGAUAUCGAUUAAAUGUGCAUAUGAGGACUCAUACUGGGGAAAAACCUUAUAUCUGUAGUAAAUGUGAAAAGGGUUUUUCACAAUUAUCCAGUUUACAACGGCAUGAACGAACUCAUACUGGAGUAAAACCUUAUGCCUGUACACAAUGUGAAAGAAGUUUUUCAGAUUUAUCGAAUUUACAUGCGCACGAGCGAACUCAUAUAGGAGAGAAACCUUUUAUUUGUAAAGAAUGUGGAAAAUGUUAUUCACGAUUAACUCAUUUAAAUAGACAUGAGCAAACUCAUACUAAGACCAACCAUGGAAAUGAACGAUUUAUUUGCCCGCAGUGUGGAAUAAACUUGGAAAGGGGAUAUAAAUUACAUGUGCAUAUAAGGACUCAUCAUACUGGGGUGAAACCUUAUAUUUGUGAACAAUGUGAAAAGUGUUUUUCACAUUUAUGUAGUUUACGACGGCAUGAACGAACUCAUACUGGAGUAAAACCUUAUGCCUGUACACAAUGUCAAAAGAGUUUUUCAGAUUUAUCAAAUUUACGUGCACAUGAGCUAACUCAUACCGUAGAGAAACCUUUUGCAUAAUUCAUGACCUGGUCAAAAAAUUCAUCAGAGGUAGGGAUGGGCAAUAUAGAAUAAUUUACUAUUCUAGAAUAUUCCAGAAUAGUUAAAUCGAAUCCAGAAUACCAAAUCCUAUUCUAUUUUCAUACUUAUUCAAAUAGUGGAAAUUUUCACAUUGCUGGAUUUUGAUGUUAAAAAAUUGUAAAUGUAUUACUAUAAAUGUAUUAUUUAUUUGGAAUUGUCCUGAACAUUGGAUUCUAUUUGAUACUAAACAGGCAUUUCCCAGGACAAUAAAAUUUAAGAAUAUUACAAAACUUUUUGUUUUCAAUUGUUCCAAAUGUAUGUAAUCCCUAAAUACUGAUAUGCUAAAUUAAGACACGCUUUAGACACUUUAAUAGUACCCAGUUAAAUACAAAAAUAGAUAUGAAACGGCGUUGAAUUAUUAUUUUUUUAUCAAUGUUAGUCUGCCGAGUGUACCGAAACAUACCCACUGAGAAUUAAUUAGAUGCAGGACCAGCGUGUGGCCACUGCAACCUAUGCGGCCGUUGUAAAAUAUUGAAUUUAACCACUAUCAAUUGAAAUCAACGUUUUAUUCUGUGCGAGCAAGAGUUCCAGUAAACUUGAUUUCGUACUUAUUUAUUAGGUAAUAACAUCUAAAGAAGAAUUCUUUUUCUAUGAUUAUCGUUAAAUAUCAUUAUCUACCCAGACUUGGCCCUACUCAAACUCAAUACGUCACUAUCUUCGCCAGAUGCGGCAACUUUUUUCAAAUUUAUCGGCGACUUAAAUACCACAGACACUCUAUCAAACCGGACUGAAAAAUAAGUAAUCUUUUGAGAGUGAAAUUUAAAUGUGAGAGAUUUUCGCGGUUUGCGACAUAACUUUGUAUUUCGGAAAAUGGUAUAAUAAAAUUAUUCGUUAAUAAUAUUUGAUCUAAAUUAAUCGCAAGUAACAUUUAACACCUGGAUUUUGGUUUACAUGAAAUGGUACUCCUGAAAUAUGCGCACCAAGAUGUCGCAUAACCUGAACCCUAACCUGGUACACAACCUGAGUUCAGGUUGUGCCCCAUCAAUCAUUUUUUUGGGAAAACUUGCAGGUCGCGAUAAUCAUUUAAUGUAAAUUGAAGCAAGGCACGUCUGUAAAAAUUAAACAUUGUUGCAGUCAGUUUAUCGGAAUGUCACGAGUUGGAACAAGUGAUUAUUAUUAUACGCCCAACUAGAUAGUCAAGCGGAAAACGCAGAAAUGGUACAAUAAUGACUCUUCCCCGUGAUGUGUUUAUCGCCGUCGUCUUGUUAUGAAUACGCUGGGUGAGAUUAUCGUAUUUCAUGUUCACCGAUUUUGCGGGUUCUCCACAAGAAAACGCAAGUAUAAUUAAACAAGAGAUUAACACGCGAGAGAAAACGCUCAUCUCUGAUUAAUAAAUUAGAAACAGGAAAUACAAAAUUGACGCCGAAGAGACGGAAACCGAAUCCUGUUAUCGGAUCCUAGAUCAUCCGGAUUCGGUAUUCUAUAUUGCCCAUCCCUAAAUAGAGGUCUCCAAAAAAUGUUGGUAGUUGAAAAUUGCAGUUUGUUCACUUUAUUCUAAUGUAUUCCCUUUCAAUAGGGCAUCCGAACGAACCCCGUAGGUGCUUAUAAUUUGAUGACGGUAUUGUUACUAUACAACAGCCAUCAAAAUGCAAGAGCACAAUUAUUUGUCAUAGUAAUUAAUAGACGAAUAAUACAAAGUAUUGCCAUUAUAAGAAAUUACAAAUACCAUUGAAAAGUAUUACCAUCAUUUGGCAUCAUAAGGACCCCCAACAUACGUUCUCAGCCCUGCACCAUGUUUCUAGGAUUACUGACUCAACAUGUGUUUCGCCAUAUGAUUAGGCUGUCUUAUUGACUUUCUUCUCCACCGGAAUAAAUAUGUAAACCCUAAUCCUUUUUUAUUGAUUGCAAAGCCUAAAUAAAAAACAAUGCUUUUAUUUUAGA